AUGGAAUCUUCGCGUCAAUGUAUGAUUUGUUCAGGUGGGAUAUGCCGGGCGAGCUGGACAAGUGAUUUCAAUACAGUCCUAGUAAGUGGCAACUGUGUCGACGUUGGCUUUCUUCAUUUCAAUAAAAAUGCUUCCCUACAAGAAUUGAGAAGCCUCACAAUGCAGGGCCAGCGAACACAACUCCGACUUAACCCAUCUCCUCAUUUCACCUCUGCGGAAGCCUUCCUCCUCCAUGAAUCAUGUUAUCACCUUUUGCGUGAGUUUUCUGGGGCUGCGAUUUCGCCCUAUCAAGCAUUCAAGCUCUGCCAGGCAGUUCAGCCUGACCGAGAAAGGAACUUUGGAUAUGAUUUGAAGAUAAACUCUUCUAUUUGUCCAGAUCCAUGUGUAUAUAUAAGGCCUCAGAAAUACCUUCUCCAAUCAGAAGAAACAGAACUGCUCUUGCAACCAGGCAUAGCCAGAUGUCGCGGACCAUCCCUACUGAGGUUGCCGUCAGAGAUCCUGACAAUCGUUUUGGAAUAUCUGUCCCCUUCAGAUCUGGUUCGGUUUUUUCGUACCAGCAAAGAGGCUUUGUCCCAAGCUAACUUAUUUUGUCGCACAAAUCCGUUUCAUUUCUACCGUUGUAGCACGAACACCACCGGUACUGAAGAAGACAAGAGGAUCUUAAUGAUCGCCUUCUCGACUUGGGAUCGACUCUGUGAAUUGGAUAGAAGGUGGGAAAUUGUAAAAAGGGUAGCUGGAAGCGCAAAAUUGAUACCCCUGCUGGAUGGAAAACGCUUACCUGUACCGACAUUCGAUCCACGGGCGCCUCUCCAGGCAGUAAGCCAUCGGUUCGGUCUAUGUCAAGAUUUCUUGGAUAUUCCGGAUCACGCUGAGGUUAUUGAAGUAAGUAGUAUCGCACUGGAAGGCAAACGUUACGUUUGUGGUAUCGGUUUCGUUUCUGGGGAUUCAAGAGUCUUCUGUGGGAACAGGACUGAGCACAUUCGUAUGAUCGAUGUUUCUAGUCCGACAAUUGACACAAUUGAGCUUGCCGUGGACGCUCUGGGAGUUAGGAGUAUAAAAUAUGGCAGUUUACCGUGGUUAUUUGGUGAUCCCUCUUUAAUAUGCUGUUGGCGAGGGCUCAGCCUACGACAGAAUCAUCAGAAGAUUCGGGUUGUUCGUGAUGCACUCAAACUCCGAGACCUUAGCUGGUAUCAGGAGACUACUCCUUCGUUCCAAGAGACUAUUUUGAUGAAAAAUAGACCUUUUUCCCUCCCUAGCCACGGGCUCAUUGCUGAGGAGCAUUACGUGCAACGACGCCCUGAACGAGAAAGAGGAUUAGUGAGGAGAUUUGGUAAAUUCCCUGUCGAAGCAAUGUGGUUCGAGCGAGAUCUCCGAGCUAUCCAAAUAUACGGUACCGGCGGCCUUAACGGCAUAAUCGGAAUAUCCGUACAGGUAUUGUCCGAUACUUAUCGCGCCGGUGCUUGCCAUCUUGUUCCAGCAUCCAUUACAUUAAAUGCACCCCAUGAAAUACUAGCUGAAAUCGAUGUGCGGACAUCUGAACCUUACCCUCUCGCAGUAACAUUUAGGACCAACCAUAACCGCGAACUAUCCUCCGAAGCGAAUGGGCUUCUAGGGCUUGGAGUUAGUCACAGUAUAAAAACCCUCCGACCACCUCCAGGGUAUCGGAUCACGGGGUUAUACUUCCGAUUAGAAGGAUUGACCCUCGAUUCACUUGGGUUAAUUUUGGGUUCGGCAUAA